UCAAUCAAACAAAGCCUGAAACACACUACUUCUCAUUUCUCAAACCCAAGAAUGGCCUCCACCGCUUGCUUCUUGCACCACCAUGCACUCACCACCCCAAGAUCAUCAUCAUCAUCGUCACAGCGCAAUGUACUAAACAUCAAGCCUUCCCACCUAGUCUGCCGGGCACAGAAGCAGACACUCCAGGAGGAUCAUGACGGUUACACUGCUAUGACUCGCAGAUUGGCUCUCACAAUUCUCAUUGGUGGAGCUGCCAUUGGCUCUAGAGUUGCACCUGCUGACGCAGCUUAUGGAGAAGCUGCUAAUGUUUUUGGGAAGCCAAAGACAAACACAGACUUCUUGCCAUACAAUGGAGAUGGGUUCAAGUUGUCUAUCCCAGCAAAGUGGAACCCAAGCAAAGAAGUGGAAUAUCCUGGUCAGGUUCUUAGAUAUGAAGACAACUUUGACACCACCAGCAAUCUUUCUGUCAUGAUCAGUCCGACUGACAAGAAGUCUAUCACUGAAUUUGGUUCCCCUGAGGCCUUCCUCUCUAAGGUGGAUUAUUUGCUAGGGAAACAAGCAUACUCAGGCAAAACAGAGUCCGAGGGAGGUUUUGAUCCAGAUGUAGUGGCAACUGCAAACAUAUUAGAAUCUUCAAGUCAAGAGAUUGGUGGGAAACCGUAUUACUACUUGUCUGUGCUGACGAGAACUGCUGAUGGAGAUGAAGGUGGUAAGCACCAGCUGAUCAUGGCGACUGUCAAAGACGGUAAGCUCUACAUUUGCAAGGCACAAGCUGGAGACAAGAGGUGGUUCAAGGGUGCUAAAAGAUUCGUCGAGAGCGCUGCUACUUCUUUCAGUGUUGCUUAACAUGCACAAAUGUAUCUGAAUCAACCAUCAUGUCUGCUUUGAAUCAUUUGUCAAGCGCGAUUAUUUUUGUAAAUUUUCCCGAGUAAGUCGAUGGACAAUGGAGGAAGCUUUGUUGUUAUUGGUUUGUGCAUAAGGACCCCCUUUUGAAUGA